UCCACCCAGCAGUAGCAGUGGGAGAGCAGAGCAGGGAGCCCUCCAGCUCACCUAGCUCAGCCGCCCUCCUGUUCUCUUCAGCCAGGAUGGACAAGGUGAAGAGCCAUGGCAGCAAGCAGAGGCGGUCAGGAAGAGGAAGGAUCAGCAGGAUGUUGAGGCAACAAAAGGCCAGGCUCUACAUCAUCCAGCGAUGCGUCGUCAUGCUCCUAUGCUACCAUGACUGACCAUAGUCCAUAGGCGUUCGGUUCUCGUUUGUGGCUAGGCUAGGCUUGACAGAUUCUUUGGUGUGUGUGUUCAUAGGGUGUAAGUUGUUCAGAAGUUUCAGGUUGAUUUUGCUGACAGUUAAUUUGGAUGUUGACGUUUUGUGUGGUGUGAUGUGGUGCUCCUAAGUCCUGCAACGGCAAGGAUGUGCGCGUAUCGAUGUGUUAGGUCUUGGCGUCUUUGUUGUGA